AUGCCAAGAAAGACUCUCGCUGCCGCACAACCGGCUCCACUACUUCGGCAGCAGCGCAAUUAUGCUAAGCGCCGACUAGUUCCUCUCCGGAGGGCCAAGCCUUCAUAUAGCAUUCCCAAUGCAGUUGGUAAUGCAGCUUCCAACCCCUCAGGCAAUCCAAACUUGUUGUUCGGCGAGUCGUGGAUCCCUCCUCUCAGCUUUUGGGAGGAAUAUGCCUCUGCCCAACCGCUCCCUCCAGAUUUAACUGCACAACUCCUCUACGAUGCUGCAAAGCAUUACUGCAACUUGGCGACAAACCUGAAUUCAGCAUGGAAAGGCGAACUGCAAAGAGUACACGAUAUCGACCCCUAUACCCUCCAUCAUGCCGGUAUUGCUCUGCUUCCCAUGAUGCAAAUCAACGAGUCUGCCAAGCUAGGCUUCCAUAUGCUCCGGACUGCGUCAAGCAUGGGCUAUGCUCCGUCAACCAUUUCCCUUAUCCGCAUGAUCACUCAGCUUUCUCCCGAAGCUUACGCGAAGCAACGUCCACUCAUCGGCCCCGUGGAAGCUCACCUUAAGCAGAUCCUAAUACGCAACCCUCUCGACUCGGAUGCUCUCACCGUCCAGGGUCUGCUGUAUCUUCGAGACGGCGACAAGACUCGGGCCCUAACCGUCUUCGACAGUGCUCUCAGUGUCUCAGGGAUGGCUGGAGGAGAGCGAGUUGUCAGGGCGCCGCUAUCUUCCAAUGCUGAUCCCAAGUCGGAGGACGAUGUUGUCUAUCGCGCCCCGCGCUUCACCUACGAGGGAGUCUGCCACAUUAAACGUGGAACCAUUCUCCUGUCACUGGGUCGCCGUGAUGAAGCGCUCGCUGCCUUCAACAUAGCCGCUCUCGAGCUGGGUCUGGCAGAUGGUUACACAGAGGUUGCCAAGCUGCUGCCCAGAAGCGAUCCACAGCGCAAGACAUAUCUGCUCAAGGCCGCUCAGGCAGAUAACUGGGAGGCCGUCGAGUUAUUGAUGCGUGACGAACUCGAAGUUGCCGUGGACGAGAGCAGAGAUGUUGGAGAAAGGAUGGAUGCCACGUCAUGGGCCAUGGAAUGGGCUUCUAUGCAGCCUUCAAAAGAGAAGAGUCGGCAGUUUCAAAAAGAGGUGAUGGAUUUGAUCAAGGUUUCAUUCGAUAAGGCGUCCACAUAG